AUGAAGUUGCCUAUCCCAACCCAACCCUCGCACACUGAAGAAGAAAGAAACACUCUGAAAAUGCGCGUCACGUUACUCCUGCUCUGUUUCAUUUAUGCUUUGAAAGCCCAGAAUACAAGGGUUAUCCAGACUCCAGGGUUGCUGACAGUGGAGGAUGGUGGAACCAUCAUCUUACAGUGCGUUUUGGACGCUGAAGGUACACGUUGCUACACCGUUGUUUGGGCGAAAACUGACUCCAGGACCAAGAUGCUCAUCUUCCCUAAGAAUGGCGCCGAUGAUGGAUCUGGAUCCACGUGCACGUUCACCGUUGAGAACGCAACUCUGAAUGACUCGGGAACAUACUACUGUUCGGUGGUGCUUGGCUCGAUGACAUACUUCGGCAGCGGGUCAAAUGUAAUCGUGACACAAGCAAAUAGAACCGAGCCCCCUCCAGUCGACAUUCUCUGGCCGCGUAGCGCCCAACCCCGCAUCCCUCUCCUGUGUGUGGUCUCCGGAGUCGUCCCGUCUGAAGUCCGCGUGUUCUGGGUCAUAGACGGGGAAGAGGACAGCGGGUUUACCGAGUCGUUUUGGACAAAAGACGGCGGGGAGGUGGUAGAGUCCGCCCAAAACCGGGUUCUGGUUCCUGCGGAGGAAUGGGAGAGAGGAGUCGUCUGCACGUGCGUAGUGGAGUAUGCUGGGAAGAACUUUUCAAAAAGCGUCCAAAAUGAAGGGAGCCCUGACGGAUGCGCGGUGCUCCUCUACGGAAUUAUCGCUGUAGCGGCCCUCACCGUCAUCGUGGCGAUCUGGUUCUGUGUCUUCUUACAUCGCGGGCGCUCUGUGAGAGGCGAUGGAGGCGAACGGGAACAGAGAAGAACUACAGACUUGGAACACAGACACCGUUCUGGGAGACAAGAAAGGGGGUCGGCGAUUGACCCGACUAUUUCGGAGGUGCAGUACGCCAGUUUGGAAGAAGCAAGUUUAGCAAGACGAAUGUAAAGGCCUACUGUUUUGCACUGAAAAAUUAAUUGUUGGGGUCAGAUGCUCAUGGUUGCAAAAUGCCGAUAGCCUCCUCGCUGCCAUCCGAAUUGUGCGGUCUUACAAUCUCACCUCGUGAUUUUAAAACCCCUCAUGUUUUACACUCUAAUGUUGUUGCUAAUGGCGCCAUAUUUAAUACUUACUUAAAAUGCAACAAAAUAAUAUGUAACUGCGUGUAUGAAUGUGGUUUCUACAAUUUGUGCAAUUUUUGUAAUCGUGUUCUGUGAUACAGUUUGCCUGAAAUGUUACCGACAGGUGUUCAUUACUGUAUAAUAUAUAUCACUAGGCUAGUUCAGCAGCCAGGUAUGAAUAUGACACAUAUCGAGGUCAGAUAACACACUUGAAACCACGAGGUAUGGCAUUCAUUCAAAAGCUUCAUUUAAAAAAUAAUUAAAAUAUUUGCUAUCGUAUUCAGAUAUUUCAGCCACCUCUCGGUUUUAUUUAGUUAACACUGACAGUAAAAAAAAUAGGCAAUUGCUCCCUCUAGUGGGAGUAUGCACAAUAGUCUCCACAUUCAACGUGAAUGUCAGUCGACUCGCUUCACGACAUUGCAGCAAGACAAUGAUCCAGAACACAACAGCAAUUCCACAUCUCAGCAAUUCCAAGUUUUGGAGUGGCCUGACACGAACCCAAUAGAAAUGCUGUGGCAGGACCUGCAAUGGGCAGUUUGUGCUCGAAAACCAAUCAAUUUUUCUGACUGAAAAAAAUAAGAGUUGGCUAAAAUCCAACCACAGGGCUUAGAAGGUGUGAUAUAAAAUUAUAGGUGCAUGGUGGCAGUUCUUGCUGCUAAAUGUGCUGCAACCAGUUUAAGGGGGCAAUUACUUUCAUUAAAUAAACAAACUAAAAACCUUAAAAAUGUGUCUUGUGUUUACUCAGGUUCUCAUAUGUUUAAUAUUACAUUUUGUCUAAAGAUCUGAAACCAUUCAGUUUGGCAAAUAUGCAACAGAGGAAAUCCGUAAGAGGGGCGAAUACUUUUUUCAGGGCACUGUAAGAUGACGGAUGACUGACAGGUUAACUCUUUCCCAAGUGUUCCCUUUCGCAUGGAUUGUUCACACAGAAAAGAGCAGUGUGUGUCUAGUCUUGGGUCCAGCCUUAUGCGUGGCGAUUGGAUUUGGAGUACGGAGGCACAGACCACCGUGAAGACCAGAAGACUGACUACACACAACUGGAUGCAUCAAGUACAGCGGUUUGGAGAGCUGUGAAAAAGAAAAAAAAUC